AAGGCCUCUGUUGAUCUUAGAGACUACCCAUUCUGCCUACAAGGAAGGGCAAGGCCGUUCAGUGCUCACGAAGAGGGGAGUGCUCAACUCCUUGCACCUUCCACUCCUUCAUGACGGCCCCAUGCCAUCUGGGAAAUACAGAAAGGCAAUCAGUUUAUUUCAGGCCAGUUGGAUCCAGAAGUGCAAGACGACGCCAAGCCUGUACUGCAAUUGUGGGCACUAUUUGUCUUUAUGUGGGAUGUUCUGACCUCCUGCAGGGAUUUGUAACUCAGACUCUUAACUAGCUUCCUGUGUCAGCAGAACUCACACCAGCAGGUGAACAAACUGGACACACCCGUCUAUCAGAGAGAAGCAGACAUAAUCAGGGGCAGUAGACCGCACGAACUAGCUCAACCUGGGCACCAGGAAGGAUAAGUUGGAAGAGGUGCCCUGUAUUGAUGCUGGGUUGGAGCACGCUCACCAUCCCACACUGUGCUCUAUCGGUGCAUUCUCUAUUGCGCAUGCGCAAUUCCUGCAGUCGUUUGUCAGUGUGUGUGUGUCUGACCCACCUCGUACAGCUCAGGAAAAGGGAUUCACUAGACUGGGUUGCCUCUUCUGGAGAAGGUGUGGACUGGCUGAAGUCUGCGACCAUGAAGGUCAAAGUCAUCCCGGUACUUGAAGACAACUACAUGUACCUGAUCAUUGAGGAGCACACACGGGAGGCAGUGGCUGUGGAUGUGGCUGUGCCCAAGAGGCUGCUGGAGAUUGCAGGCCGCGAGGGGGUGUCUCUGACCACGGUGCUGACCACCCAUCAUCACUGGGACCACACACGUGGAAAUGCAGAGCUGGUGCACCUGCAGCCAGGACUGGCGGUCAUGGGAGCAGAUGAGCGCAUCUGUGCACUAACCCGCAGGCUGGCACAUGGGGAGGAGUUUCAGUUUGGGGCCAUCCACAUGCGAUGCCUCUUGACGCCAGGCCACACCUCUGGCCACAUGUGCUACUUCCUGUGGGAGGAUGAAUGCCUGGACCCACCAGCCCUCUUCUCUGGGGAUGCUCUGUCAGUGGCAGGCUGUGGCUGGCAUCUGGAGGACACUGCCCAGCAGAUGUACCAGAGCUUGACCAAGACCCUAGGCACCCUACCACCCCAGACGAAGGUGUUCUGUGGUCAUGAGCAUACGCUGAGCAAUCUUGAGUUUGCGCAGAAGGUGGAGCCCUGCAACAACCAUGUGCGAGCCAAGCUGUCCUGGGCCCAGAAGAGGGACGAUGAUGACAUACCUACCGUGCCUUCGACACUGGGCGAGGAGCUCUUGUACAACCCUUUCCUGAGGGUGACAGAGGAUCCAGUUCGUGAGUUCACAGGCCAGGUGGCACCAGCCCAGGUCCUGGAGGUGCUCUGCAGGGAGCGAGCACGCUUCCAGCUCGCUCUGGAGCCACCACAGCCCCAGGUUCGGGCACUCCUGGCCUUGCAGUGGGGACUUCUGAGUACACCCCAGGAAAAAUGAGCCCUGGGUGGAGCCUGCUUGUCUCCAUACCCCUUCCCCUGACCUCAGGCUGACUGGAACCCUGGCCUCCAGAACAUUCCUCUGAGGCCCUGCCACCUUGCUCUGAAGAACCAACAAAUGGUGCUUUCCUUCU